GAGCCAGAAGGCUUGGACUGUCGGGUAAGCGCCCCCGCCGGGUCCCAGUCCUCCCCGCCCUGCGCCCUGCGCCUGCGAGUGUGGCGGAGCCCCGCCCCCGGGGGCCCUGCCGGGGCGGGUGCGCGGCGCGGAGGGGAGGGCCGGCGGGCCAGGAAUGCGGGGCGGGCGGCCUAGGAGGCGAGCGGCGGAACAUGUAAGGGCACAUCCCGCGAGCUGCCGCCCAGCGCGCAGACAGAGCCCAGGGAGCAAGCGAGCGAGCGGGCCGGCGGGCGGUGGGGCUUACGGACCCGGGAGGCGCAGCGCACCGGGCAGAGGCGCGGCGAGAUCGCUCGGUGCGGAGGAACCGGAGCGGGUUGAAGCAAGAGGCAAGCGAGGCGACAGCACGCACUGCCCGGGCGACCGUGUCCGAGGACUGCGGUGCGGACGCAGGUGGGCAGGGCGCAUUGCCAGCCAGCCCCGGGGCCAGAAUCCGGCGCUGCAGAGCCGGGAGGGACGCCGCGCCCUCCGCAGCCUCUAGCGUUCUGGGAACCUCGGAGUGCCCAUGUCGGCGGCGGCGACAGUGCUCAAGGAGGGCGUGCUGGAGAAGCGCAGCGGCGGGCUGCUGCAGCUGUGGAAGCGCAAGCGCUGCGUGCUCACCGAGCGCGGGCUGCAGCUCUUCGAGGCCAAGGGCACCGGUGGCCGGCCCAAGGAGCUCAGCUUCGCUCGCAUCAAGGCCGUGGAGUGCGUGGAGAGCACCGGGCGCCACAUCUACUUCACACUAGUGACCGAGGGUGGCGGUGAGAUCGACUUCCGCUGCCCCCUCGAAGACCCCGGCUGGAACGCCCAGAUCACCCUGGGCCUGGUCAAGUUCAAGAACCAGCAGGCCAUCCAGACAGUGCGGGCCCGGCAGAGUCUGGGGACCGGGACCCUCGUGUCCUAAACCACCAGGCAUACCAUCUUACCGUCAUGCUCCCCACCACAGCGGUGCCCAGAGGUCAUGCCAGCUUCCUUUCCCCUUUGACCGGUGGGAACCUGACUGUGCUUCACGUGGUAAGGCAGAUGCCCUGGACCUUUGGAGGAGACAUUGGAACUGAAGGAGUGGACAGGGCCAGGGGACGAGGACAGAAGCCUCCCCCUACCCUGGGGCUGAGGAUGAAGAUUCAGCUCCUGGAUGUUCAGACUGGCGGAACAUGCCCAGCUCAAGGUCUUCUAACCUCACGUGUGACGGUGGAGAGCUGGCAUCAAAGCCCUCCCCACUGUGAUCCUGCCUUUGGUUCUGCAGACUGCUGUAGCCCUGGCCUUGCCCCAUGCCUGGAGGAAGGCAUUCCCCCUGGGGCACUUGGCCAACUCCACAGGACUCAGGAGGCCAGUCUAGUGUCCAGAGAACAAACCACCCUUGGAUAGCCUCUGGACUCACCUUGAGGAGGGGGAGCUGCUGGGCCUGAGGCCCAUGCCUGGGGGUCUCCUGCUGCUUAGGUCCUUUUGGGACCCCCACCCUUCCAGGCCCUCUCUUUGCACACUUCUUCCUCCACCUCUACCCAUCUUCCCCCCACUGCGGUGCUAGGCCUGGAGGUGGUGGGGGUGGGGUGGGGGUUUGGCCUUUACCAUUUCAUGUCUAUUUCAAAAUGAAGAUGUCCCACAAAGAGAAGUAACCA